GAACAACAAACAACAUAACUACGCUACGCUUGAGUGUUUUGUGAUACUGUUCUGUGACAUAACGGUCAACCGUCCAAGUCCAACGGAUUUUGUUCAAUUGUUUGCUAGGAGUUUGUUGUUAAUGUUUUUGCUGUGUUUUUGGUGUGUUAUCGACUUCCUUUAGUGUAAUUUUAAAGUAAAGACUUUUGUAGUUGUAUAAAUUAGUGUAGGUUAGAUUUAGUUUUGAAGAAUGCGCUACUGCUAUAUUUGCGGGAAAGUGGAUUCGUCGGUUUCCUUGCACAAAUUCCCAAGUGACAAAAACAGCAAGAAUCGGUGGCUUCAAGCUUGUACACUGUCGGAACUGGAUAAUGUGAAAAACAUAAGACUGUGCUCUCGUCAUUUUAACAAUGAUGACUUCAUUGAUUUGAAUGCACGCAGGCAUGGCGGUCACAUAACCCUUAAAAGAAACGCAUGUCCAACUCUGCAAAUGAAAGCAAGUAAAAAAAUGAAUCCGAAAAUCCUACCUGAAGGCGAUGACAUGGUUCAACAUGCUUCAACUAGUACAUCUCAACUUACUUUCACUUCACAAAUAAUUCCAUUCAUUCCAGAAGUCUUGCAGAACAAUGAAAUAACCAACAAUGUACUAUCAGAUAUAACGGCCCCUUCCACACCUAAAAUAAGGUGGUUUAUAGAACCACGAUAUAUUUCGGAAGUAGGUAGUCCUGAUGUAGAAACACCCAGAAGGGCUAAACGAGUGGUUAGACUUGCCAAAUCAGAAUUAUUGAAGAAAAAUAAAUUAAUCAAAUCGUUGCAAGCCAAAAAUAGAUAUCUCAAUAAAAGAGUUAAAUGUUUGAAAGAUGUUAUUCUUCGUCUUAAGGAUAAAAAUCUUGUGUCAAGCAAUUCUUCAAAUAAAUGAAUGGAUACUGGACCUCUGUAAUUGCAAUUUAUGCUAGUACUCCCUGAGAUUUGAAGUUUUGCACUUUAUUGGAAUUUUAUUCUUCAAAGGCAUGUACUUGCGGAAAGUAUGGAAAAAUUUACCACCACAUCCUAGCACAAUAAACAAGUGAUAUUGUGUAGUAGAUGGAAGUCCAGGCGUUACUAAAGAAACCUGCGAUGCUAUCACAGCAUUGAAUAAUAAACAAAAUGUUAUUUUAAUAAUGAUACCAUGAACUCACAUUUAAAUUAACCGAAUGAAUUAGGAAAAUAAAUUGUUAAUAAUUAAGUUAUUUAUUAAUACAUAGUUAAAUGUAUGAUUAUUUUAUGACGUAAAAAUCAGAAAAAGAAAAAUUCCAUGGAA